UCGCGUUACAUUUGCUUUUACUGACACAGGGAAGGUUACCUGCUUCAACAGUGCUUGAACGGCAACCAAACUGCUGUCUCGCUACUCGUAUAAUCAAAAAAUUGAUUCUGAUCAGUUUCGCUAAUUAAUUUAAGACAACUGAUUCUAGCUCGGUACGCAUUUGUUUGCUUUGAAAAAUAAAAAUCGACACGCCAGAUUAGCCAACGCAGGCUGACUUGAGAUAGGAUAUUCUCUUCUAAAGGACUCUCACCUCGAUCAAGAAACAUGAGCUCCCAGGUUAGACAGAACUACCAUCAGGACUGCGAGGCUGCCAUCAACCGCCAGAUCAAUCUGGAGUUGUAUGCCUCCUAUGUCUACCUUUCCAUGGCGUACUACUUUGACAGAGAUGACCAGGCACUGCCUAACUUUGCAAAGUUCUUCCGCCAUCAGUCUCAUGAAGAGCGUGAGCAUGCUGAAAAACUGAUGAAAGUUCAGAACCAGAGAGGAGGCAGGAUCUUCCUGCAGGACAUCAGGAAACCAGAGAGGGAUGAGUGGGGCAGUGGUGUGGAAGCCUUGGAGUGUGCCCUUCAGCUGGAGAAGAGUGUCAACCAGUCCCUGCUUGACCUGCACAAAGUGGCAUCUGAGCGCAAUGACCCCCAUAUGUGCGACUUCAUUGAAACACACUACCUGGAUGAGCAGGUCAAAUCCAUCAAGGAACUGGCUGAUUGGGUGACCAAUCUGCGCCGCAUGGGUGCUCCUCAGAAUGGCAUGGCCGAAUACCUGUUUGACAAACACACACUGGGCAAGGAAAGCAGCUAAAACCUCCUCCCCCUCCCAGCCUUUUUCAUCUUGUCAUAUAUUUUGCUCUAUAUCUGGCGACCUCCCAUCUGUUCUGUCUGUGUGACUGGUCUCUAUAUAUGUGUCUGUAUGGUAGACAAUGGCCAGUCAGCCCUCUCACGCCAGAUCAUAUCUUGCUAUUCAGGCAUUAUCACUCUUUUAUUAGGGCUUCCUCAUUAGCCACUUCUCCCAGUAUCUUUACUCAAACUCAUCCCCUUUGGCUGACUCUCCUGUUUCCUGCCUAUGUAUGUGCUGUGUGUUUUUAUUACAAAUACUAUAAUCCAACCAAAUAAACAGAGCCCUCUGGAUUCUGA